UCAAAAAAGUGUCCAGAAUUUUUACCGAAAUCAAAUGCAGUUUUUGCCUGCAGACACGAGAAAGGAAAAUGAGAUACAUCACCAACCUACUGCAACAACAAUGGUUUCAACAAAAUUGGAAUUUACUGGGUACCAGAGUAGCACAAAUGAUAUAGAAAAAUCAAGAAGUAUUUCAAAGAAUUUAGAGGAAUUUUUUGAUCCUCAGAUACCUCUUCCUGGAGAAGAGUAUUUUGAUGCUGUGGAGUUGGUGAAUAAUUCUUUGAGAUUUUCAAACUGUUCUCAGUUAAAUCGAACUACUUGUGAAGAACCAUUUCAUGCACCAGUGUUGGACCAAACGGCAGUGACGAAGGCUGUCAUUUUAUGUGCCAUCGCAUUCUUCUCUUUCUUCGGCAAUAUUGCAACGUUGACAUCAAUUCUAAGAACAAGACGACAAAGUACUUCUACGGUGUAUAUGCUUCUCGUGCAAUUAGCCAUUGCAGAUCUCCUUGUCACUCUUUUCUGCAUAUUAACGGAUGCUUUGUGGAUGCUAACUGUUCAAUGGUAUGGAGGAAAUCUUCUAUGCAAAGUAGUCAAGUUCAUGCAAAUGUUCUCUUUGUAUCUUUCUACCUUCGUAUUGGUUCUUAUAGGGUUUGAUAGACUAUGUGCAGUUCGCUUCCCUAUGGCAAGAGCCCGUGCGAAACAUCACGUCCGAACGGGUAUUAUCUGCAUUUGGACUCUUAGUGCCAUCUUCAGUACACCUCAGACGAUCAUUUUUAGUGUGAUGCGAGGUCCUUUCAUCGAGGAGUUCUACCAGUGCGUCACUUACGCCUUCUACACAGCUCCCUGGCAAGAGCAACUCUACACUAUCCUCAGCCUGAUCCUGAUGUUCCUGCUUCCCCUGCUCAUCCUCAUUAUCACCUACAUAACGACGUUCAUCACCAUUGCCAAGUCUGGCCAAGAAAACAUGUUUUCAGAGCGUGUAAAGCGGUCAGCCAUUGAUGAUGCCCGCAGGAAGAUACUCCACAAAGCCAAAAUCAAAUCACUGAUGAUAACUGUGGUGAUUGUGCUCACCUUCGUCAUCUGCUGGACCCCUUAUUAUGUAACAAUGAUCAUUUUUAUCUUCCUAGAACCUGGAGAAGAACUAAGCCAGAAUUUGCAAGCCGGAGUCUUCUUCUUCGGGAGCUCAACUGCCAUGAUCAAUCCGCUCAUCUACGGAGCCUUCCACUUGCGCCCUAGAAGGAAACCUUGCUUCUCCAAAUCUACCUCCAUUAACAACAACAGCUCCUCCUCCCGAGUCGAGCUAUCCCUCAUGAUAGUGCGUAAGGGCUGCCAGAGAAGAAGUCGUGAGGAAAAUUCGACACACCAUGCAAACGGGGAGUUUUUGACAUUACCACACAGUGCACAUAGAGGAGAGACAAUCAUUCGCCGAGAUCACUCUAGCGGUCUGUUGACAGAUGAUACUCGGUUUGUUUGAAAAACACUUAAUGCCAGAGAAAUUCAUUCUUCGAUAUUCUAAUCAAGAACUAAUUGUUAACAGCAUAAAGGUUGUUUCGUUCUUGUUUAAAUUCGGAUAAAAACAGUUAAUGCAAGUUCAUUUCUAUACACUUAAAAAAGAUUAUUUCGCUAGUAAAAGUCAGUAUAUGAGUUUAGAGACAGAUGCUAUAUGAGAAUUCAGUGCUUCCCAUCUGAGAAGCCACAGAUAUGAUUAUUUAAUGUUUUCGCUAUUCUUAAUAUUAAUCCUCCUAAUCAGAACAUCAUCGUGAUCAUAGUGGUCAAAAUUCAUCUUGACCAGAUGACAAGAGGUAACGCCUAUUGUUGGGCUUGAGCACAUUUUCGGAGACAUUAUGAGUUUGCUCAGCUCUGUCUCAGAUUUGAUGAAAACUCAACGGGGAACUAAUUCCAGCGUUCUUUAUUUUUCUACCAUCAACUUAUCUAGAAGACUUCCAGCAACAUUUGAAAUGCUUCUAAGUCGCAAAGAUACUAUAUAUGGAUUGGAUAAAAAUUUAUGCUUUUUCCGAAAUUCUACCCAAGGACCAAGGCUGUGGUAUUCGACUUCCCCAUCAGAGUGCCAAUGAAAUGGCUCCCGAUUCUUUAAAUGUGUGCUAGGGUUAAGAAGUAUGUUGGAAGCAAGUCACAUACUAGAACGAUUCACUUUUUGAAGCAGUCCGUCUGCACCGUGGGUUAUCUAUAUUGCAAGAAGUUUUACCUUGGUUCGGAUGUAAGACAAUGUUAUUACUUAUACUUUUCUUGGAAAUGCCUUUUAGAAACCGUACUCGCGUUCUGUUCAUAGCCUAAUAUUUGCCAAAUUUGGUAAAAUAUUUUGACAAUUAUCCUUAAUUUUGCUUUAAAAGAUAACAUAUUUACUUAAUUCUACUUCAAAGCAUGGCGUUUAAAUACAUACGCAGUAUUUCUUAUAUUUUGAAAUACCAGCAAUUCCAAGAUGCGUCACUUAACUUCAAUUCUACCAACAGAAAAGUUUUUUUGUUUUUAAUUUUAAAUAAAUAAAGUACUAAAAUAUAUUUACUAAAUACUUUUAUUAUGAUAGAAUUAAAUUCCUUAAUAAUAAUCAUUAUAAUAAUAAUAAUACCUAUUGAUCGGAAAAUAAAUUAUUCAUCACAUCUUUCAAUCUCAGUAUCAGAUUUCAGAUUUUUGCAAUUAUAGAUACCUGAAACUUAACUAGGAUAUAUGGUCUGAUUCUUUUUGGAAAUCGUUAUUUUAUCGUAUUAUAUAAUGUAACACUCUUAUGAGCCAUUGACAGUGUUGAAAAUGUAACAACUAAACAUCUUUUUUUUUAAUAUAUGCUACGCUCUUCUUCCUAGGUUUGGCUUCAAAGGUCCAGUGCCAUCAGAGAGCUGAAUUAGAAACUCUGUUUCUUUCGCGAGAAAUUUUAAAUAUAUUAGAACUAAAAUGUAAGCAUAGAACAUAACAAUUGAUGCCGUUGCGAAGUGGGCGCAAAUGUGAGAAACACUUCUUUGUUAGAGAAAAAUAUGAGUGAGUGAGUGAGUGAGUUUUUUUGGCGCAAAAACCAAUGAUGAUUAUGAUGCGCCAUAGAGGAAAAUAUGAAUCACAUCUGAAGUAGCGUAGUAUCCUUCCCAUAAAAUGUAUUCUGAGAGCCAGAAUAGUAUAUUUGAUUAUGAAUUAUAUGCACAUCCUUUUCUUUCCUUUUGCAGCACUCUCAGAUUUUCAUAAUCAUAUAACAGUUUGAUUGAUGUGGUAAUUUAUGUUUUAAUCAUAAAUUAUAGGCUUAAAUAAUAAUCUUUGAUUUACUUAUUUGUUUUUUGAUUCGCAUAUUUUAUAUAUGAAAGUUGAUUGAACCAAGAACGGCUAUGUAGAGUGAAAAAAGGAUAUGCAUUUUUAUUGAGGCAAUUCUUAAUAAUCCCAGAAUCAAAUGCCUUGUUAGGUCACGGAAAGUUGAGCCUAGGGAGCACAAAAUUUCACAGCAGUUACGUCCUAAUUUGCUGGAGUUUAUUUCUUGGAAAACUACAAUUCUUACUUAACAGCCCGAAGCGAAUUCUUCAGUUUUGUGGGUUCACAUUUCUGUUAAGGACUAUACGUUAAAAGUUGUGGAUGUCUUUUCUGAAAUUAUUAAUUAAUUAUACUUUGUAAAUCAUUGUUAGAGUACUUUAAAAAUAUAGAUGUAAGAAAUGGUGUUAUUAAAACUUUGAAAACUA